CGAGUCUGGACUUUAAAGCAUUAUAGAAAAAAUAGAACAUGAAUCAAUUGAAAUUACUAUUAAUUGGCUUAAUUGGAUUGUGGAGCAGUUGUGGCCUAGUCAAUGGCAAAAUUGUUAAUUGUUAUUAUGGCACCUGGUCGAAUUAUCGUCCGGGUGAUGGCAAAUUUGAACCCUCAAAUAUUGAUCCCACUUUAUGUACCCAUUUGAGUUAUUCCUUCUUUGGCAUUACACCAGCUGGCGAAUUCAAAGUUUUGGAUCAGUGGUUGGACUUAGACAGUGGUUUGGGAUUUAUAUCUCGCACAAUGGCCUUAAAACGUCUUAAUCCUAGUUUGAAGGUGUUAGCUGUUGUUGGGGGCUGGAAUGAGGGUUCUGAAAACUAUUCACGAAUGGCGGGAGAUGCUAACAAAAGGCGUUUAUUUAUUGAAUCAGCAUUAAAGUUCAUCAAACAACAUGGUUUUGAUGGUUUGGAUUUAGAUUGGGAAUAUCCAGCCCAGCGUGGAGGCAGUGCACAAGAUAAAAUUAAUUUCGUUACUCUGCUCAAGGAAUUGAAAGCAGCAUUAGGAGCAUUGAAGCUGGAAUUGGGAAUAGCUGUGGGUGCUUCAACUAUAACGGCCAGUAGCUCCUAUGAUAUACCCAAUAUCGCUAAGCAUGUAGAUUUUAUCAAUGUUAUGACUUAUGAUUUUGCUACUGCCUGGGAAGGCGCAGUGGGCUUUAAUGCUCCUCUAAAGGGACAACAAGAAAAAAAUGUUCAGUCCGCCAUUAAAUAUUGGUUGCAACAAGGAGCUCCUGCCUCAAAAUUAGUCUUAGGUUUGGCUUUCUAUGGUCGCUCCUUCCAGUUGUCAAGUCCCCAACAAAUAAGUGUAGGUUCGCCUAUUGCUGGUCCCGGUGCCGCCGGUCCCUAUACACAAGAGGGUGGUUUCAUGGGCUACAACGAAAUUUGCUCUUUCGAAAAUACCUGGUCUUACAAAUGGGCCAGUGAAUAUGACGUUCCUUUCAUACACAACGCCAAUCAAUGGAUUGGUUACGAUAAUAUCAAAAGUCUUGAAAUGAAAGUGGAAUUUGGAAAUUCAUUAAAUUUAGCCGGUGUUAUGAUCUGGUCCAUUGAAACUGAUGAUUUCCGUGGCAUGUGUGGUGCUGGUAAAUAUCCCCUAUUGACAGCCGUCAACAAUAAAUUGGGAAACUCCCAUGAAACUAGUGGAAGUGGAGAAGAAGUCGAACUGCCACAAGAACCAUCUUCUCCCGAAGAAACUGGUCCCUCCGUACCAGAGGAUGCUGGUGAUUGUUCGGUAAAUGGUUUCUUUGUUAAUGCCGACGAUUGCUCUCGUUAUUAUCAGUGUGUUAAUGGUGUACGUCAUGAUUUCCAAUGUAAUAGUGGUUUGUACUUUGAUUCGUCUUCGAACACCUGUAAUUGGCCCAAUCUUGUGCAAUGUAAUCAUUAA